AUGAUCCUAGUAGACAUCAUCUCCAUCAUCCUCCGCCUGGCGGAACUCGCCUUCGCGACCAUCGUCGCCGCUCUCAACGGGCGCUUCCUGCACGCCGUCCGCGGCACCUCAACAUGGGAUCUCGGUCGGCACAUCUACACCGAGGUGGUAGCGGGCCUGUCCAUCUUGUUCGCCAUCAUCUGGCUGUUCCCCUUCUCGAGCUCGUUCAUCCACUGGCCUAUGGAUUUGGUCAUUUCCAUCAUGUGGUUUGUGAGCUUUGGGUUGUUGGUUAAUUGGUUAAAUGGGGCUUGUGGGUAUGUCUUCGAUUGGGAUAAUGUUGGGUUUGGUGGUGCGGGUAGCUGUGGUGAGUGGAAGGCUACGGUUGCUUUUGCCUUUCUCAGUGCCAUUUGCUGGCUUGUUAGUGCUUUGGUUGGUCUCUACUGGGUCCGUCGCCAUACCCGCGCUCCCGUUGAUACGGGCUAUCGCCGUCGCCGCUGGUAUCGCUCUCGCGUCUAA